AUGACCACACAAGCAAGCUUCUGGAUGAUCAUCCUGGAAACGUGUUGUGGCUGGGGUGUGCUAGAAGGCCGUCAGAAAGUCUCCGCCAUCCAAAGCUUCAUGGAGAAAAGCGCUGGGCCCUCCCUGCUCCUGGCAACUUACGCCAAGGCCCGUGCGGCACUCCUGGCCCAGCAAGCCGAGGACGUGGAGGCACGAUUGACCUCUUGCUUGAUUCAUUAUUUCAGGUUGAAGAAGGAGGUGACGAAGCACGUCGACACCGAGAAGGAUCUCUUGCGCAGGCUCAAGGAGGCGGACGUGGCUUACGAGAAGCUGCGAGAAGAGUUGCGACGGGCUGAGAGUGAUCGGGACCUCUUCUACGAAAACUGGUGCUGCUGGCAAGCCGAGACAGAACGUGUCAGAUCGCUGGCCAAAAAGUACAUGGGUCAGAGAGACCAGCUUGGCAGGACAAGCAGGCGCAGGUUUGCAUCGUUUUUGCUCGUGAAAAGGCAUGUGAUGGCUGCGAUGGACCGAGUUGCGGGCCUUGUACGCCAGACCAGCAUUCCAAGCAUCUUCAACCCAUCAUCUCACGCGCAAGGAGAAAACUCCAUCUACAACAAAGCAGUGCGUGCAGAUCCCGCUGGGGCUUUCAAGAAGCAGGUUGACAAAGCAACUGGCAUCUGGAAACAGAUGUCAUCGAGGAUCGAGCCGAAGCUGGAGAUGGAGCGGCCCCAGAUUCAGGAGGUCCGCUCCGCAGUGCUCUUGCUGAAGCUUGUCUCGGAUAUGGGCAUUUUCUGA